UUUUGAGCGGAAGUCGUCAUAUGACGUCACUUCGUGGCUGUGUGAGCGGGACUUUAGUUUGUCAAACCGCAAGAAAGUUUAGUAACGCCUGAAGUACCGCUCGAUUUAUCCAGCAUUGAUUUUAAAAUGGAAUCUGAUGCACCACCAACCAUAACAUGUUUGAAAAAUGUUGACGAUUUGCUGCGAUGUCCCAUUUGUAUGGACUUCCUUAAUAUUUCAAUGAUGACCAAGUGCUCUCACAAUUUCUGCUCGUUGUGCAUCAGAAAAUUCUUCUCCUAUAAGCUGCAGUGUCCAGUUUGCAAUACACAAGCGACAGAGCAAGAUCUGCGAAACAACCGGUUACUGGAUGAGUUGGUGGUGGGCUUUCAUACUGUAAGACAACAAUUGUCAAAAACCCACUUUGAAUCCCCACCGAUGUCCCCAAAAAGCCCAACCUUGGUGAAGUGUAAAACUCCCAGAGACAAAAGCCAGAAAUGCAAGAGCUCUGUCAUGAGCAAUUUUUUCCAGAAGAGGCCCAAAACGUCUUGCGCUGAAAACGACAAGGAUGCCACACCAGUUGUUCAGAGGAGGAGUAAACGCACAAACAAUGGUAACUUUUACACAGAUACAAACACGAUGACUGUGAAGGAAGAGACCAUGGAUGCGGAGGAAGCAUCAUUCUCACAGGCAGACAUGGCGUUGCCCAGCAUCAGCACUGCGGAAGACAGGCCUCAUUCUUCAUCAUUGCUGCCAAAUAAUGAGACUCUCGUAAUCAAAGUGGAGUGCCCAGUGUGCUCUGUCAGCGUGUCUCAGCAGUUCAUCAACAAACAUCUGGACAUGUGUCUCAGAAGUGGAGAGAAAAAACAGAGCUUGAGAAGCUCCUUUAGCAAGACAAGGCGCCCUAUGGUGAAACUGGUGUACAGUCUGCUGUCCGUGCAGGAGUUGAGAAGGCGGCUCAAGGAAUGCCAUCUCUCGGUGCAUGGCACCCGAGAUCAGCUGAUCAAGAGGCACAGGGAGUUUGUGCACAUCUAUAAUGCCCAAUGUGACUCCUUCAACCCAAAAUCAGCUGAAGACAUUGCCAAAGAGGUGGUAACCAGCGAGAAGAUCAAAAAUCAGUUGCAGAUCCAAAGCAAACCUGUUAUGGUUUUCGACAAAAAUCACUCCGAGAAGGAGAUUGAUGAGGUGCAUUCAAAGUAUCGAAAGCAACACAGCAGCGACUUCUCCCGCUUGGUUGCUCAGGUACGUGGUCGCCUAGAUACCACCAGGAAAACUCGGAUAAAAGAGGAAGUCACUGCAGGCGGAGAGCAUGUAGAAGAAACACCUAAGGCCGAUCAAGGGGAAGAAUCACAGAGGUAUGUUGAUAUCAAUAUGGAAGAAGAAGUAGAGGACGGAAAGGAGCCAUCUGCGAGAGCCUAUGUUUUGUCAAACAGCCCCUCUUACGAUGACGUAUCCAUCAGCAGUUCAAUUUCAGACAUCUUUGCACCAGACACUUCCUUAAAUUGUGCACCAGAGACGAGGUCCGUCAAAAAGCAGGCAACUCGUCCCAUCGCCGCCUCGUCAUCCACUGUGGGGAAACGCCUCCGCAAAACUCGACUGAUUGAUUGAGGACGACACCCUCCCAAGACAAGACUUGAAUAUGAAAAGGACAUUUGUAUGUGACAUUUUUUUGUUACGUCACGUUUAAUUUAACCUAUUGUGUUACCUUGUUAUCCACUGUGAACUAUGUGUCCCUCAGUUUCAUUGCGUUGUUGAUACAGUAUACCACUUAGGUGAGUACACCCUUCACUUUCCAGCUAGCAUAUUCUCCACUUGGAUAUACUUUAGAGUAGUCCGUGUAUAGCAGCGUAUAUUUACUAUCAAGGAAAAAUGAGUCAACACACAGUAAUUGUGUAUAAAGCUGUAAACACACGGUAGUGUCAUGGCCUGGGGUUGCAUGAUUACUGUGGAGCUGUGGUUCAUUGAGAGGACGUGAAUGCCCACAAACACUGUGCUAUUAUAGAGUAGAGUGGAAUUAGGAUUCCGGUGACAACCUGUGCAGCUCCGGUGAGUUCCACGUCCAAGAGGAUUAAGGCAGUGCUCGACAACAUUUCCUGUGAGGUGUACUUGCCAGAUUUUUAACUAUUAGGUCUGUGUAACUCAUUUUCAGUAGAUAGUAAAUCCAUACAGUGGAACUUCGAUUCAGCAAAUCAAUUGGUUUUUUUAACCUAAAUAGUAAAGUUUUCAGACAUCCUUCCAUCCAUUUACUACCGCUUAUUCCCUUUGGGGUCGCGGAGGGCGCUGGUGCCUAUCUCAGCUACAAUCGAACGGAAGGCGGAGUACACACUGGACAAGUCGCCAUCUCAUCGCAGGGCCAACACAGAGAGACAGACAACAUUCACACAUUAGGCCCAAUUUAGUGUUGACGAUCAAUCCCAAACAUGCAAAUAUGAAUAUUAGGCACCAGCCUUGACAUAAGUCCAUAUUUUAGUAAAGGUUUGGACACAAUAUAAAGUGCUGGAGAGUACUGUAAAUCAAACAAACCUAACAGGGUGGUCAUUGAUCCACCUUCCACUUUAGACUUAGAUUGCCUUUUUAUUGUCAUUCUAAUUUGAACUUAACAGUUUUAGAGUUUUGAUAACAAAAACGAGCUGAUUUGUCCUCAUAUGCCGCCGCCCUGCCACAUACUUUGUCAGUAGCUCUGUGGUGCAAAACCUAACUUCAACAGCCAGGUCACUACAAUUCAUUAGGCAUAAACAAAUAAUCCACUGUACUGUAGGAAGAGGAUUCAUAUGGCCCCAUUCAUCACGGUGUACCUGACACAUAAAAAUGUGACAAUUAGAGGGAGUCCACUUAUCUUCUUUAGUGUUAUUUAAAAAGAUGUGUACUCACGUGAGAUCCACCCAGGAAUGGGGCCAUAUGAAUCCGUUCCCUACUGUACUUUGUUGAUUAAUAUUCUUUGUGUGCAGCUGAAGAGCAAAAGGUGUCGACAACGCUGUGGAUACUUUUUGAACGUUUCAAACCUCACAUCUCAUGUUCAUUGCUUUCUUUGGACUCAUGUUGAGCUUUUAAUGACAGCACUGUUCUGCUGACGGAAUAAGUUGGAUGUGCCCGCCCACAAUGGAUGUGCUGCCUGGCACCAAAUGGGUGGAGGAAACGAAGGUUCGUACAUCAAAGCAUAUUUAAUUUUAUCAGUCUGUGGUUCAUAAAUCAAAAAUGUUUUAUAUUUAAGGGUUAUUAAAUCAAGGUUCAAUUGUACUGCUGUACAAGCUGUACACCGACUAUACAGUAUGUUCAUGUCACUUGAGAAGAUCUCAAAUAAUUACUGAAAUAUUAAGGGUAUGUUCACUUUAGUUCAGAGUUUCUACAUUUACAGGUUUAUUAGUGUUAAAACCAGCUAUACAUAUUGAUGAAAUGUUUGAUCAAUUGGAGUGGAUUUGUUUAUUUUAUUUUUAGGAUUUGUAGCGCCACGUGAAGCAAAACAAAACUUUCGGACUUGGCGUUUGUUAUUGAAUUAAAAACUCUACAACUGGGCCCCUCGGGAUAACAAGGCUUCUUAUCUGUUUUUUUUGUGUUGAGUUAACUCAUACGCUCACAAAGCCGAUAAAAAUAUUGAAACAUGGUAGAGUUGAUGAUCAUUUUAAUUCAAUCAAUCCAAUGCUGACGGAAACCUCGGGUCAAGCAAGCGUGUCUACCUUCCACACUCGUAGGGAGGAGACAUGGUGUUUAUGUAGUGAGCGAGAAUUUAGUCUGGAUUGAAAACAGACUGCCUGGAGCCCGGAUGGAACGCGACGCUCUUAUCUGUCCCAUCAGGCCCAGAAGAGACACUUAGACAAAUGCCAAACUCAUAGCUACACUGCUCAUUACACCUCGUCUGAUCCUGUCCCCUUUGACUUGUCCUCCGCACCGUACCGAUGUUUACCUUUCUUCCAAUUAGCACCGCUCUUCGUCCUGCUCGAAACAACACUCGAGUCCCGACUGCUCUCUGGCCCUUACCUCAUUUCCGAGAAGACUGACAGUCCUAACAAGAACUGCGUACACAUGUGGUCUCUAGGCAUGACCUGCACUGACUCAAAGUUUUAUUGGAACCAUGGCUACUGCAUUUUUAAUGUGCGGGGAUGCUGAAAAAACACAUUAUUCAUCUUUGUAAACAACAUAACAAUGUGGUAAUUAAAUCACUAAUUUCUUUUAACCACCCCAGACCAACAACGUGGAUCAGAGGCUUGGUUAUGAAAGGUCUGUUUGCAUGUCUCUUUUGUCCUAACUUUGUAAAAUGGAAACAGAAUAAAUGAUCCCAUUAGGGGUCCCAGAAACGCACA